AUGGAAAAAGAAAAAACAAUUAUUCCCUUAGCAAAAUUGUUAAGUGAUGCCACUGAAGCCAUUUCUUCGAAAACCGGACAAGCAAUUGCUGGAUUAUUAAAUGCUACUUUUGGCAAUGCAACAGAAUUAAUAAUUUCUAUUUUGGCUCUACAUGCUGAAGAAAUUAAAAUAGUUCAGUCUUCGAUGUUAGGAUCAAUUAUUUCAAACAUUUUAUUGGUUUUAGGAACAUGUUUUCUUGCUGGAGGUAUUAAGCAUAAGAUACAAAAAUUUAAUCAAACUGUAGCUCAAACUAGUUCGAAUGAGGAGCAAGAUGAAGAGCAAUCGAUAAAUAUUGAGGAACAAGAUAUUGAUAAUGAGAUGCAAAAUAAAGGGCAAUCGAUAUAUAUUGAGAAACAAUAUGAAGAGCCACAAUUACCUUUUCUACUUUCUAUAAUUUUGUUAAUUAUUACAACUGUAUUUAUUUCUUUAGCUUCAGAAUUUUUAGUUAAUUCAUUUGAAGGAGUAGUAAAAACUCUUGGUUUUACAGAAACUUUUAUUGGAUUAAUCAUUUUGCCGAUUGUUGGAAAUGCUGCUGAGGCCGCUAAAGAAUUUUUUAAAAAUAAUAAUAACGUUGGAUUUAUUUAUAAAGAAAAUGUUAAAAGUGUUAUUGAUAGUCUGAAAAAAGGGAUUUCCAAAUUUGCUGUUGUUGCUUCUAAGAUUAACUGUAACGGAAUAAAUAAACUCAUUAAUGCCAAAUAUAUUAAAUCGCAAAACGUUGAAAUUUUUGAAACAAUUACUUUAAAUAUUAGUCAUAAUCUACUCUCAAAUUUUAAGUUACAGGAUGUUGAAACAAUUUAUAGUCAUUCAGAGGCAUUUGAAGAAUGCAAAAAUUGGUUAGAUAUAAAUCUAAAGAAUGCGAAUAGAAUUUCAGUUUGCUCAACAGGUGAAGGUGCAAAACAAGCCGCUAAAACUUUACGAGCUGCAUCGAUUUCGAGCAAAGAAUGUACAGUUUAUGGAUUAAUAAUUCUAAAUGAAGAUAUACAAGAUGAUAAAGACAAUUCCACAGAAUUUUCGAUUUUGAGAAGUUCAAAAAAUACAAUAGAAAUUUAG